AUCUUCUACAUCUCUCAUAUCUCUGUAGUCAGGUAUCCAUAUGGAUGUGGCUAUUUUCAUCUUCCAUAUCAUUCUUUCACUGGUCUGUGUAUGAACUGCCUUCAUGUUUUGUUUGUUUUUUAACAACCUUAAUAGAAUAACAUUAAAGCAAUAUUAUUUCUUUGUAUGUAUUUAUUCUGUUGUUGUUUCCUUUCACUCUCUAUGCAGUGUAAAACAUAAGCUGCCGGAGCUGACAGCAUUGAACACUUCUAGAGUCCUGCACUCUUAUAAUCUCUAGGAUCUGGUAAAGUACUGAACACAAGAAAGAAUGAGACACCUGCAGAUUAAAAGAGUGCUAAUGUGCUUUACUAUGUAACACAUACCAGUGUUCAGCUGCAGAUGUAAGGGUUAAUAAAGUAAGCCCACCACCUCCUUAUGUCAUUGCCACCCCCUACUGACCCACUCCCACACUCCCCUGCUAUAUAGAUGCACUGCUGAAUGUCUCAUCCAGGAAUAAGUAAAAAGCAAGUAGCCCUCACUCCAGAACUAUGAGUAGGUGACCAUAUUACUAGUAAUUGUGGUCAUCUGGUUGAUCACAGGGAGUACAGUCCAAGACAUGUCCACAGGAUCUGUGAGUGACACUGAGGAUCUGCUGGAGUUCAGAGUGCUGGAGCUUCAGUAUCCAAAAUCUAAAGGAGGAGCAGGGCGCAGCGAGCUGCUGCUGGACCACUCCACUGACAACUCAGAAGAAGAUGGCAUUGCUGAGACCUCCACUGGCAAGAAGAAGAGGGACUGCAGGAGCCAACAGAGCCCAGACAAGAAGCAAGCCCCCAGGUCAUCCAAGGAAUGCAAGCAAUCCCAAAGAAAUGCAGCCAAUGCCAGGGAGAGAGCCCGCAUGAGAGUGCUGAGUAAAGCCUUCUCCAGGCUGAAGACCAGCCUGCCAUGGGUGCCCCCAGACACCAAGCUCUCCAAGCUGGACACCCUGAGACUGGCCUCCAGCUACAUUGCCCAUCUCAGGCAGCUGCUGCAGGACGACAGAUAUGACAAUAGCUAUGUGCAUCCUGUCAACCUGGUAAGAAUGAAGCUCCCAUACAGCCAGCACCAGUCGGCUUCAAGGGCUGCAUCAUGACAUGGCCAUUUGUGGUCUCAGGAAGACUGGAAUGUGAUCCUAAAGAAGUUAAUGUAUCCACAAGGUUUUGUGGGGCCACAGCAUAAGCGUCUCUGUGCUGCAUCCUCUUAUAGGAACCUGACCAAGAAUACUGAGGACUAAUGACGAGGACUGUAUACUUUAUGUGACCAUCAUUUCCAGGGUUCUAAAAACAAGUGUACUUAGGUUUUUGCCAUUUCAGUGGACAUAUGUUUCCAUCUAUGAAUGCACUCUAAAUAUGAUAUGAAGAAAAGCCAAUAUAUGGUAUAUUGUGGUGUAUGAAGCAGCAAUGCUCUACGCGUCUGUUCAAAGCAGUGUUAUAAAACAGAUAAUAAAUGUAUAAUAUAUUUUUCUACAUGC